UUUUUAUCGGUGAAGUCAUUAUAAAAAGUCAACACGAGUAUGAUUAUGGUUACAAUGUCCAAAAUGAGCAAAGCAUCGAAUUUUUUCCUCAAGGAAUCUCGAGAAAUCCGUCGAAGGUGAUGCAAAUGGUUCGUCUUCAAUCAGAUGAAAUCAGUCGUUUACCAGAUGAAAUCAUCCUCCAAAUAUUAAACAGAUUAAUCGAUUUGAAAACCCUUUGCUUUUGCUAUCUGGUUUCCAAACGUUUCUCCUCAAUUGUACUUCAAGUCGAUGCAAUUUCCUUCCUUUCUCCUCUCUUAAACCCUAGGACUUCCGAUAAGAACACCAUCGGUGAUGUUGCCCGAAGUAAUCCAUUUCCGCCGAUCAUUUCUUCUUUUUACGUAUUGUCGAUAACCGUUUGUUCAAGUGGAAGGUCAAGUUUGUGUCUGAAGGAUGUGACGGCAAGGCAUAUGAUGCUGUUGUACUUGGUUAAGGAUCUGCCAUUGUUAGAAGAGGUAUCCAUUACUGAUUCAGAAAGAAGAGGGAGGCUUUCCCUGAAUGGGGAAAAACUCAGUGAGGUGAAAGAAUGGUUGCCAGAUUCAGGUGAUAAUGGUUUUGAAGAUAAAGAAGAGGCUGCAUUAUAUACUGAAGCUGCGAUGGAGAUUUUGGAGAAGCAUAAGGGUAUGAUGAAUACCCUGAACCUCAACUCACGUUGUGGAACCUUAAGGAGACGGUUGAGGGGUCUCUUAAAUGGGAAAUUGACACUGUAGCACAACCAAGUUCAUGUUUUUUUUCCGAAUUGGUUAUCAAAGUUUAUGAGUCAUUAAACUUCCAUUUCACCUGUUAAAUAGGUGUUCGACCUAAAAAAACUAUCGGUUUCCUAGUUAGUCUUUUACUUAUGUGUAGGGGUGAAAAUGAGCCAAGGUACUCGUGAGGUACUCGAGAUCGGCUCGUUAAAAGGUCAAUUCGAAACCGAUUUUAAACAAGCCCGAGCCGAACUUGAGCUUAAUAUUAAGCUCGUUUAUGAAACGAGCUCGAGCCUAUGUCACUUAGCUCGAUUAGGCUUGCGAGUCUAAACGAGCUUUUAUAUAAUAUAAUUUAUUAUUAUUUUUAUAUAUUAAAAUAAAUUUUUAUUUGGGGAAUUAGGAAUUUAUGGUAUUAAUAAACG